AUAAGAACACCUGUUUAAACAUUUUUCCGGCUAUAUAUAAAGCUAGUUGGAAACUGAUUAAACCAACAAUCUGAGUCAAAAUGUCAGUCUCUGCUCUUCUCUUCGUUAUUUUCCUUUUUGGGGGUGCCUACAGCACGGUUGUGAGUCAAUGCCCCACUGGCCCUUUACCAGACGAUGUCCAAGUCGAAAAUUGUGACGCGGAACCGUGUGUUUUCUACAUCAAUUCUAACACCAGCAUGAUUAUGAAAUUCAAAUCUCCCCGUAAGUUGGAACAUUUUGCUCCAAACGCUGUUGCUUCUCUUAUGGGCAUAAAUGUGACGUAUCCGCUGGAUCAGGAUGAUGCUUGUGUUGGAAUUACCAACACAAAGUGUCCCAUAGAAGAGGGUGAACAAGUUGAAUACACCUACGGAAUGUACAUUUUGCCCGUUUUUCCAGAAGUCAGCCUAAAUUUGGAAUUUUCGCUUCGGGAUAAGGACAGCAACGAUGAAAUUAUUGAGUGUUUCAAACUUGAUAUUGAGCUAAAGAAGGCUUAAAUUGUGAUUUUGGUUACUAAAUAAAUAAAUAACAAAUUA